AUGGAUCCAACGGACCAAAAUCCACCGGCUGGGUAUAGGGAUCGGGACACGCUGGACACCGUCCCGAGCCCUGCACCUCCCGAUGCAAUCGCGCCCGCCAACGACCAUUCCCCAUCAACCCCAGCUACCCAAGCAGCUGGCCAGCUCUCCAGCCGCUUCACACACAUCCCGUCCGCCCGCGCGUUUGUUCUCGAGCAGGCAAACACGUACACGCAUAGUUUCCCCGGCCCGAGCAACGCCGCUUCCAACACGACCCUGCACUCCCACCUCCGCAUGCUGCGGGACAGCACGUACGAUAUGUCUAUGGGCCAGUUGGAGCACAUCCACGAGCAACUCUGCGUCCGCCUCGCGCUGCAGCACCGCGCAACACGCCUCCUGGCCGCUGCUGGGAUCCCGCUCCCAUACAGGCUCGCCUGCACGCGCUUCAAUGAAGCUCGUUUGCAGAAGUGGAAGUUUGAGAACCCCGCCGAUGUAGUCGCGCAGAAGUACGAAGCCGCCGCGGGCAAGGUCUUCGGCAUCCUUCCCCGCCCCGGCGGCGCGCAGGGGAUGCGCUGGCCGAAGCCGCGUCACUACAUCGCCGCUGCGCUUGCACUCGACGCCGCCAUCACUGACACGGCGACGCUUGACGCCGCCGUGCGCCGGCUCGAGGAAGCUGCUGCUGCCGACACCGAGCGCGUCGCGGACUUCGAAUGCGGGACCGCGAAUGGCACGCCGUGA